CAAAGUCAAUCGCUUUCGGUUCCAGGUUUUGAUUCCGCUUCAAAGCUCCAAUAUCCUGGAUGACGUCAAACAAAACGUUGAAGUAUUUAAAGAUAAAAAAAAUAUCAUAGAGACCAAUCUCAGUUGUGUGUGGACUCGGUGUGGCAAGUUGAACCGCUUUGAAACUUAUACAUUCAAUUGUAAAGGACACUCGAUAUCACGAAGAAGUUUUUAAAUUGUUCUCGUGAAACACGUUAAAUACAUCAAAGUCUUGUAUUCAAGUUUGUUUGUUUUUUCGUCAAGGUAUGUUAAUUUCAGGUUGUAUCUUUUAUUAUAAUAGAUUUUAGAAUUACAAAAAAAAAUAUUAUUUUUUUUUAAAAAAACAAGAGAAAUUUUAAUAUGUGUUGAAAUUUUUGAAUGGUUUGGGAUAUUUUUUUUUUUUAAACGCGUGGAGAGUUUAAAAAGCAGGGGGAAACUAUAUUUUAAAGAAACUGAGAACAUAAUUGGUGGGUGAAGGUGAGAAAUUUUCUAUUUAUCAACAGUAAGUAACUGGUACGAGAGUUCGUAACAUUCGUAAUAAUUUAAUUCAUACAGAGGUUACGUAAAGAUAAAUGUAAAAUUAGUAGAUAUGGAAGGGGAGCUGGUUCCAGAACGUGGACGCAUGGAAGGAGAAGGAGCGUUCACCGAUGGUCUUAGUUUUGGUUCUUGGGAUUGAGAGGGUUCUAUUGUCAAUGGAAGAGCGUAGGUGUCUUGUUAUGAAGUAGCAACGAAAAUAGUUUUGUGGUAAGGGGUCACCACAACAUGAGGAACUGUGUUAAAGGGUCCUGGCAUUAGGAAGGUUGAGAACCACUGUAGUUCUUGAUAGAAAGCCCCCUUUCAUAGCUACAAUUUAGCAUUAAAACUUUAAUUUGUAUAUUAUUGCCAAAAGUAGUAUUAUUAUCUUUUUAUUUUAUUUUAUUUGUUUUUUUAAUCUUGAGGAUCCUAUAACAGCAACUAUAAUUUCACAAUACGUCGUCAAACAUAAAUUCUACACAACGCUGACUCUAUUAAAAUACUUCCGUAAAACUGACCUACUAAAACUAUGAAAACUUAAAAUUUAAUAAAAAUGUAUUAUCAUCAGCAGCGAGUCUAUGUGCCAAGUUUAAGUUUCAUAGAAUGGCGGGAAAUGGGUCAAUUAGCCGUCCGAAGAUUUUGCCUUAAACACAAGAAAAAAAUAGAAGUUGAUGUAAAGGAUUUUAAAAAUGGGAAAGUUUAAGCAAUAAAUACCAUUGGGGAAGUCUUGUCAUGAAAAAAUUCAAGGGGUUAAUUUGGACAAUUUUACGGAAAUUGUAUUUUAAGAAUAUUUUAACGCGUUGAUUACAUUAUAUAUAUAUAUAUAUCUAUUUAUAUCCUCUUCUAAUUUAACAGUUAUGUCUAAACUAUUUCAGCACAACAGGAGUGUGGUCUCUUCUUAUUUGAAGUUUUACGCCGCCCAUGGUACUCCAACAACGAAAUGGACAGAGUGGUGAAAAGAACGAUGAAGGACUCGCUUGCAUCGAAAUUACGUAAAAAUUUGCCGUACAUUGAAGAACACGUUGAGGCCAAAGAACUUCUCUCGUAUUUGUUCGCCAACAGUGUAAAUAUCGGUUGUUGUUGUUGUUGUUAUCGUUGGAGUGGUUGUGUAUUGCAACUGUAUUCAAUUAAAGACCUUGUGGUCAUAUUGUAAAUAUAAUUGCACCGCUUCCAGGCUCCAAGAAUUUCACGGCCGCUUUCUUAAUUCCAGAAAGUUUCGAGCGCGGCUUUAGUGCCGCCUCAUACUAGUGUGCCGCAAACGUUCACGGGUAUUUUUGUCAGAUUUUCAUAUGAUAUGAUGGCGUGUUGCAUUCUUUUGAAAACAGUUUAAGCCUAUCACAAGAUGAUAAAGGUUUUAAACACUAUUGGCAUAUGUUGCCAGUCCUGCCUGGUAACAAACACGUUUAUGAUGAUGACAUCGUGUGAACCUAAAAGCCUUGCGUGUAACUAGUUAUCUUUUAAUUCAAUCAGAUUAUUGACGUGGACGACAGAGAGUCCGUCUCGAGGGCCGGGACCAGGAAAGAGAGAGCCUGCUCUCUUGUGACGCUUCUCAUGCACCGCGGCGACAGGGCGUACGCGUGCUUCCUGGAGGCGUUGAGGAACGCCCGCUACACCUUCGUCGCCAACAAGAUAUCCGGACUUCCGUACCAGACGAGUGAAGACAGUGACGCUGGAGCUGGGGCUGCUCAUGUGGAUCUGGGUAACUGGAAAUGACGUGUGAUGUUCUUAAUUUACUCAAUUCAGUUAAUGUUUCUGCACUUCCGAAAUACAUUUAGUAGUGACCUUGAUUUAGAUAAUAUGUCCGCUUUCAAACUUGGUAAAGUUUACAACUAGCAUUGUAGCCCGGUGAUACCUGGGUUAAAAGUGGUACAAUCCUUUUAAUGUAAGCCCACCGCUCGUGGCAAUAAAAUAAAGCCUGAUUAAAAAUUCGUGAACCAAAAAAUGUCGUCAAUAAAUCAUCUGGGUUCAAAGUUCAAGAUGGGCUCAAAGCAAAUAUGCGUAAAGAUAAUCUCUAAAAUUCAUUAUUUUUGUAACGUACAGCCAAUAGGGUUGAGUGAUUUUAGCCUAAUUUCCUCUUUGGGACCUUGCUAAAUUUGUUUGCGAUCCAUCAAGUUGUUUAAAUUUCUAUAAUGAAUAUAUUUCAAUAAAAAACAUAAAUACAUAGAAACAUAAAUACACGCGGCACUUUACAUAGGAGAUAACAACAUUAAUUAUUAUGAAAAUCUAUAUAUAUAAUUUGCGAGCAAAGGUCAAACACCACCACCACCACGCAUGCGAUAUAUAGAUACGCCAGAGUGUGGUUCAAGAAUGACUUCACUAGCGCGCAAAAUAUAAUUCCCGAUAACUACGCUAAAUGAUCUAUACAUAUUUUUUAAAAUGCAAUUGCGUUUGGUGCGUAAUAUUUUCUUUUCGGAAAUGAAAUCGUCUCAAUUUAAGUAUUAGGUUAAAAAUAGUCGGUUAAAAAGUGGUUGGGACAUGAGAAUAUUAAUAUAGUUCAUGGGCGUGAAAUAAAAAGUGUGCAGUGACGUAUCAUGAAAAUGGGGAAAAGGGGAAAAGGGGGGGGGGAGGGGUGUAGCAAAAUUGGGAUUCUUAAAUGCGCGUAACUUGAGUUCACGUUUUUGUCAAGUAACUUUAGUAGAUGGGACGUUCACGCACUGCUACUGCCAAUGUUUGGUGGGCUAUAACUAGUAAUAUUUAAAUGACAAUAAUGAUAGAUUAGCAACAGUUUACAGUUGUCAUAAAACCAUAAAAACGGCAUUACAAAUCCUAUAUAUAUAUAUAUAUAUAUAUAUAUCAAGACAAUUUUUUUUAGGAAAUACUUGAAAAUUUACCCCCCCCCCCCCACAAAUCUCGUAUAAGAAACUUAUAAAUUAAAAAUUUUUUAUAUUUUUUUUUAAAAAUACUUUAAAAAUUUCCCCCCCCCCCCCCCACAAAUGUCGUAUAAGAAACUUGUAAAUUAAAAAUUGAUUAUAUUUUUUUUUCUGUACUUUAGCAAAGAAAUUAUUUUUGUUUAAAGCUUCUUAAUUUCUAGAGAAUAAUGAUUUUGCUUUGGGGUUAUUUAAAAUAAAUCAUUGAUGAAAAUAUUUAACUUUUUUUAUGGUCAGUGCAAUAUUAUUGCUUGUGGCUAGUCAUAAUGCACGAAUGUAAUCUUGUCCACCUGCUCUCACAGUGACAGUCUCAAUACCUGACAGAAUAGCAAGUAUUGAACACCAGACAGGAAUAUAUGGCAUAACAUUAGAGAGAAUUUCCAGAAGGUGAAUUCUUGUUGAAAUAUUUGAAAUUUUUUUAAGAACUAUACACAUAUAAAUUUAUUUAUUUAUUUUUAUAUUUAUGAAAGAAAUAUUUAGUCUACCUUUUAAAUGAGCUAUAACGUUUCUGAAAAUAUCAAUCAAUUCAAAAUUUACGUAUCUAGAAGGUAAUAUGUGAGAGUAUAUAAGAAUUGUCAUGAUAGAAUUUAUUAGUUUCUACAGAAUAAUUGGUAAAAUGCUUCCGAGUCCCAGUUAGAAAAAAAUAUAAAUUCUUAUACUAAAUUCAAACAUAAUAAACUGGAAACCAUGGGCAAUUUUGACUUUAAAAAAAAAUUAUUUAAUCAAUAUUUUUUUCAAAUUUGUUGCAAGUCACAAAGACUAAAAAUGAGGAUGGCAACUUCAUCAACUAGAAAAUAUCAGAGCUUUGUACUCGUUAGCCAAUUAACAACGUUUUGCUGUUCGUUUUUUUUUUUUUAAUCGCUUGUCAAAUAAGCGGUAGCUUUCGGCUGGACCAAAAUAAAUGUGAACUAUUUUCUUAGUGUGUGUGUUUUUUUAACAGGUUAGAUGAGGGUGCUACGAAGGAGGAUCUGAAACUUAUUCAGCUGGAGAUCAGUAAUUUGGUGGGUACGGAAACACGUGGAGUAGUCGUAAAUUUUAAAACGUACAUGAGCGUAGGGUGUGCAAAGUAAGGAACAAAAGGUGUGUCGGUCAUGUGGGGCCGUCCUGUGCUAGAAAUGAGUGUACUUAAAACAUUUUGAAAUUCUUCUUUAGCGACAAUUCAACGUCUUGCGUUUAUGUUCAAGACGAAAAAAAAUGAUAUCUUUAUUUUUUUUCUUUUUAAUGGAGUCGGUGGAUUCCAGGAUUUGCCCAGGGCGUAAUUUUACCUCACACGAUACAAACUGAAAUGAAAAUGACAAAACAAUUAGGGGUUGUCAUUAAAUGGCGGAAAUCUAUUAAUAGAACAUCCGGGCACACGGUCCGGCCAAUCUCAUCAAGAUAUUAAUAAAACAUCCUGGUCUUCCGUUUGGCCAGUUUCUCAACAGCUGUUCGUAACCUCUACGUUAAUGUGGGCCAGCGUAGUGUUUCUUAAUGUAGACGAAAACAUCACCUUUAUUUUACAAGAAAUUUUGUAAAAAACAAAUUGCUACUGAUAUGUAUUUAUGCGGAAAUGCAUUGCUAGAAGUGAUGUUUUACGAACGCAUUGCCUAAAAAUAGUAACAUUACGUAAUGCGAGAUGACGUUUUCCGGUCUUAGGAAUGACAAAACCUAUUAAUAGCAUAUAUAUAUAUAUAUAUAUAUAUUAUAUAUAUAUAUAUAUAUAUAUAUAUAUAUAUAUAUUGACUGGGCGAUGUGGUUGGAUGAUCGUUAACACGAAGAUGGUUUCUAUUAAUAGAAUUAUGUAUCCCUAGUCUCACACAGGGAAUGUUUUAAAGCUACUGAUGGAUUCCCGGGUCACCUAUAAAUGUUUCAAGUUAAAGAUAGGCAAUGUAACCAUGAAAUAUUUAUCGUCAUUUUAUGUUACAGUUACAAUGCAGGCAUUUUUUUUCCUUCAUAAAAACCAUGUUAUUUUGCACAGUGCCGCUGCCAACUAGAUCUCUGAAUAUAUUUUGGUCUCUUUAAAUUAAUGGAGAGCUUUUGCUUGAUUUUUUAAUUAUUAUUUUUUUUUUUUGCUUAUGCUGCUCAACAUUUCGUUUUCAUUCACUAUCUGUUUUGAUGGGCUAUUCCAAAAGUUAAAGAUUUUUUUUUCCACGCAGGAGGCUGCAUUUAGAAAGGAAUUAGAGAUGGAGAAACUUAAAUCUCAACUCAAGGCCAAGGAAGACGAACUGGCCAGGCUCUCGGCAGAAAUGUCCGACCAAGUCCAACAGCUCCUGGCCGAGAUAGCCAGUUUGAAGCAGCAGGCCGUGAACGGGGAGAGAGAACUCCAGCAGUUCAUGCGUGAAAAAGGUGAGCAGGCCGUCCACGUGGAUUCAGGCAAAUGAAAUAUUUAUCUUAAAGUAAGAAUGUACAUUUUAAAAAAUCCACUACUGCGUAGUAAACGGUAAUUAGCCAAUAUGGUUUGUCAUUUAAUGGCGGAAAUCUAUUAAUAGAACUGUUGCAAUCAUCCGGGUAACUAGGUUGGACAAAAUGUCAACAUUGCCCAACAUCUUUGCGAAGUGGCCCUUAACCUAAAUCAAAACGUGUUUACAACUAUAUUUUACGAAAUAUUUUACACCAAAUUUUUUUUUACUGCUACUGCUGUAUUCAAGGAUCUGAAUUUUGUGAGAUCGGACAUCGGUGGCCGAGCGGUCUGAACUGAAUCCAAAAGUUUGUGGUCUGGAGCUCAAUACCCACCAAAGCCAACACCACAAGCAUCCCGGGUGGAUGAUGGGACUCGCUAGCUUAAAGAGAAGGCAAACCAGGAGCCAGAAUGAUAAAUAAAUUGAUCGUGGGCACCUAAAAUUAUAGGGGGUGGGGGGGGAGAGGGGGAGGGGGCCUCAUUACGCGCAUGACACAUGUAAGAGUGACUCUAGAUACAAGGAUCGUCCGCUCAUGCAGGAUGUUAGAGUUUAUUCGUUUCCUAAAACUCACAAAGAUGUAGAAAAAAAAAGUAAAAGUUUGUUUAGGAUUCACAUAGAAAGAGCGAUUGAGGGAAAUGAAGAGUUAUAAAAAAUACUUGUUGUUUGUCCGACAUUCUAAAAAUAGUAACAUUACGUAGUGCGCUAUGACGUUUUCCGGUCUUAGAAAUGACAAACCCUAUUGACGUCAUAAGCUUCAUAUGCAGUCCAAACCACUAGUCGAGUCUGGGAGUUCAUUAAUAAUCGUUGCGAACUGAAUAUUAUGUUGGAUUACGCGCUGUGUGUUGUUUUUUUUUUAGAGAUUAAUUGACUAGUGAACGCUCUUCCCGCGUUGGAUUUUGUGACGUAUUUGUAUGCUUAUUAUGACAUAUUGUCUAGUCCGUUAUGUGACCUACGAUCAAUUUAUCUGGCAGUCGUGAAAGGAAGUCUGUGGCUGUAGGAUAUGUUUUAUUUCUCUCAGUUAGCGAACUGCGCUACUCAUGUUUAUAUGGAAAUAACAGUCUGUGAAUUUACAUUAUAAAUUAAAGUUGCAUUUAUUAGGCAAAACAAAAAAGGGACUUCAGGUGAUUCAGUACGACGUGUUACAACGUGUGAAAGAACUUGAUGAAUUAACCAAUCUCGUGUAAGCAGGACUUUGACAACACCACUGUGUAAUGAAUGAAAAUAGCAUGAAUACUGUCAGUGAAAUUUAAAAAAAUAAAAAAUUAUGUUGGAUUAACCAAACGUUUAUAGUUAAAACUACCUAUAGCCCACCAAAAAAAAAAAAAUAUGUCGACCGCAUCGCGUGAACUUCCCAUCUACUAAAGUUACUUGACGAAACACGCAUUCGAUUAACGCACUUAGUAGUAUUCCCGAUUAGUGCUACCCUCGCCUUGUACGCAACCACCCCCUGCACUAAAUUAAUAUUCAAAGGUCCCCCCCCCCCCCCCCUCCCCCCAGAUUUAUUUCAUCAAUUAUUUUCCGUCAAACAAAAAAAUAUAUAUAUAUUACGCACCAAACACACCUGAGGUAUUUUUUAAGAAUCUCGCUGAGCGAGAAUUUUAUUUUGCGCACUCUGGUAGCGUUAGGAAGACAUUGGUGCGUAGAGAAUUGGGUAUUUCGAAGAGUCAGGAUUAAUAAUGUUUUAAUACUGACGUAUACCUGCGAUAGGAGGACGUCAUUUUAUAAGAUUAAACAUAAACAACAUUCGGGCAAUCGGAAAAAAAAUCUUGAGAUUAUUAAUUUUACCGAGUGAGCAGUGAAUGCAAUGGCAUAAGUGGUUCAUCCGUGUUAUGAUUGGUUGGGCUUAAACACGGAUGGCUCGAGUGCCACCAACCAGUGGCAUUGUUCCACUCUCUUCAAAGCUCCUAAACCGCGUCCGGAAAAUUAUGAAAACUCAUGGAAAAUAGUUACGGUUUCUCUUUAAAUUCCAUAACUUAUUUUAAUUGUUAAAUAAUGUUUCAUUGUGUAUUAAACUCCAGUUUGUUUUCGAAGCAUUCACAUUUAACUUUGACACGCGCUCCAAGAAGCGCUCUCCAGUGACCAAUCAUUAUCAAAAGGGUUCCCGAUUCUUUUUUUUUUUCCGGACACAAUUUACAUUCAAAAACUCCCAAAAUUAAAGCCUCAGAAUUCUGUUGUUACGACAAUCAAACUGGUAUAUUGGGUGCCACUACUGGGUGGGGGGGGGGGGGGGUGUUCUCCAUUGAAUCCUUGUGAAAAACACAAUUAAUUUACAUCUUGCAAAUAAUUUGCAAGAUGUAAAUUUUAAACUUUAAACAAUUUCAGCUCAACUAGAGACCAAGGUGCAAGAUUUAAUUACAAAAGAGGCGUCGAAUAACAUCAGAAUUGAAACAGUUGAAAAAAAUUUUGAAGCCUUUUCUUCCGAGAUAAAAAAAAUGGUAAGGGGAGUCGUGUCUUUCAAUUCUUUUCAGUUUAUUUCAGUGAUUCUAUGAUCAGCAUUUUUAUUUUAUUUAUUUUUACAAAUUUAUUCUAUUAUUUGUGGUUAUAAUUUCUUUUAUAAAAAUACAAGAUUUCUAUAAUCAGAGACUACGUGCGGCUAGAAUUCACCCCCAGUGUGCUAUUACUCCGGCCAGCUUCCAUACUUUGUCAUUAAUUUUUAAAACAGUUUUAACGGUCAACAGCUUUUUCAUAACACCGUAACUCUUGGCCUUCGCUAGCAGUUCAUCAGGGUUUGUGAAAGAUAUUUCAACAUUGUCUCUGAAUAUUGGAUAAGUUUUUUUUAAAAGUAAUUUAGUUGGGGUGGGAAUGUGGGGGGGGGGGUUGGUUCAAUGGUUCUUGCCAAACUUCUGAAGUGCUAGACAACCAUUCAAUAAACUCAUAUGUUACUCAAUUUUUUGCUGUCAGGUCAAAGCCUCCAUUCAACCAAAACAUAAGAGGUCUUCAGGCUGUCGUUGUGAGGCCUGCAAUCGGCCACCUGAGCCCGCUGUCAUUGGCUCAGGGAAAAGCCAUUAUCAAUGGAAAUAUUGAACUCCCCCACCAGUGAUCAUCUAAUUUUUGUUGUUGAUUUUUUAUUAUAUUUUUUCUGCUUUUUUUAAUUAAGUAAUUAAAAUCUUUAUUUGCAAAGAAAUAAAACAUCUGGUUUAAAAGCGA